UCUGUAAGAUAAUCAUAACGAAAUGUAUACACACAUAAACCUUAAGCUUCACUUCUAAGAUGCCACUUUUUUCCCCUUGGGAUAUAGUAUUACGUAGAUGGCAUCUCAUUCUUAAUGAAUGUUUAUUUAAAAUUUAAACUUAUUUAAUCAAAAAAAAUUCCAGCAGUUUUUACAACUCUAUAAAUGGCACACGUGUGGGCUCAGCUCAGUUCACAGCCAGAUAAGGUUACCUUCUUCCUCAUACUCUCACGACAUUCUUACCUUCUCCUUCUUCACAGCUUUCUCUCUGAACGUCUAAAAUGCCGAGACGCUUAGAACCGUUGGAUCUAUCAAUCCAAAUACCCUACCAUUUCAGAUGUCCAAUCUCCCUAGAGCUCAUGCGUGACCCGGUCACCGUCUGCACCGGUCAAACCUACGACCGAGCCAGCAUAGAAUCAUGGGUCUCAACCGGUAACAACACCACCUGUCCGGUCACACGCGCUCCUCUAACCGACUUCACACUCAUCCCAAACCACACUCUCCGCCGCCUCAUCCAAGAAUGGUGCGUCGCUAACCGCUCCAACGGCGUCGAGCGUAUCCCUACCCCCAAACAGCCCGCCGACCCCACCUCCGUCCGCGCUCUCCUCAGCCAAGCCUCGGCGACUUCAGGAACUCACGUCUCUCCUCGCUCACGCGCCGCCGCGCUCCGCCGUCUGCGUGGCUUCGCGCGCGAUUCCGAGAAGAACCGCGUUUUGAUCGCGGCGCAUAACGCUAAAGAGAUUCUCGUUAGGAUUGUGUUUAAUGAAGAAAACGACUCUACGACGUCGUCUGAGUUAGUUACGGAAUCCCUCGCGCUUCUCGUUAUGUUCCCGAUGACGGAGCAUGACCAGUGCGUUUCCAUAGCUUCGGAUCCGGGUCGGGUCGAGUUUUUAACCCGGUUACUGUUCGAUUCCUCUAUCGAGACACGUGUCAACGCCGCGGCGUUGAUCGAGAUGGUGUUGACGGGAUCGAAAGUAAUAAUUUCGAAUUCCGAAUCUAUUUUCGAAGGAGUUCUCGAUCUUCUCCGUAAUCCGGCGCCGUCGCCGUCGCCGCGGCGAGCUCUCAAGAUCGGAAUCAAAGCGCUAUUCGCGCUCUGCCUCUCGAAAGCCACGCGCCACGUCGCGGUCUCCGCCGGCGCGCCGGAGAUUCUGAUCGACCGGCUCGCGGCGGGGUUGGACAGGUGCGACACGGAGAGAGCGUUGGCGACGGUGGAGCUUCUCUGCCGGUCGCCGGAGGGAUGUGCGGCGUUCGGAGAGCACGCGCUGACGGUGCCGGUGCUCGUGAAGACGAUUCUGAGGGUUUCGGAUCGGGCGACGGAGUACGCGGCGGGGGUGUUGCUGGCGCUUUGUACGGCGGAGGAGAGGUGGAGAGAGGAGGCGGCGGCGGAGGGGGUGGUGGUGCAGUUGUUGUUGAUGGUGCAGAGUGAGUGUACGGAGAGGGCGAAGAGGAAGGCGCAGAAGCUGUUGAAGCUUCUGAGAGACUCGUGGCCUGACUACUCCUUCGCUAACUCCGAUGAUUUCGCCUGCAGCGAAGUGGUCCCCUUUUGAUUUUUUUUUUUAAUUUUUGUUUCUUUUUUUAAAUAGAAGGAAAAAAAAUAUGUUUUGUGGUCAUUUCUUGUAUUUUGAUCGAAAAAAAUGUGAAUUAAGAAAAGAAAAUAGAGAAGUUAGGUUUUAUGCAUUAUAUUGAAGUGUAUGUCACUAAUGUCUCUUCAUAUUGAUUGGCUUUUUUGAGUCGGGAAAAGUUGUUAAAAAGCAAAUGGAAGAUAUGCUUAAAG